AGCCAGGCUUAACAGCAGCCUGAGAGGCAAACCUCCUGUCCAGAGGAAGAGCCUAGGCCACAGCAGAGACCAUGGAGCUCUCCUCAGCCCCUCUCCACAAAGGGCAGCUACCCUGGAGGGGACUCCUGCUGGCAGCCUCACUUUUGAUCUACUGGAGCUCUCUCACCACGGCCCAGCUCAUUGUGGUCUCACAACCACCCCACGUUGCUGAUGGGGAGCACGUACUUUUCCAGGUCUUCAAUGUGCCAAACGAUGUCCAAAUCUUUUACUGGUACAGGGGUAAAGAUAAAAUUCCGGCUAAAGAAAUUGCACGAUAUAUAGCAAUCAAGCCUCACAGAAAUAACACAGGGCAUUCAUACACUGGCAGAGAAAGAAUAGCCUCCAAUGGUUUCUUGUACAUCUUUAACGUCACUCGGAAUGAUACAGGAACCUACACGGUAGUUGUGCAAACGGGUAUCUCUGAGUACACGGAGGCCUCCUUGGAGUUGUACGUACACCCACAGCUACCCAAGCCCAGAAUCACAAGCAACAAUAACAAUCCCAUAGAGGGUAAGGACUCAGUAAAAAUGAUGUGCAAGCCUGAGACUAAAAAUACAACCUACCUGUGGAGGAUAAAUGACCAAAGCCUCUCAGAAGGUGACAGGCUGAAGCUGUCUGAGGACAACAGGACACUCACUUUACUCAGUGUUGUGAGGACUGACACAGGACCCUAUGUGUGUGAACUCCAGAACCCAGCAAGCACCUCCCAAAGUGAUCCGUUGACUCUGAACAUAUUCUAUGGUCCAGAUAUCCCGAUCAUAUCCCCCUCAAAUACUCAUUACCGUUCAAGGACAACCCUUCAAAUAUUCUGCCAAACAGUCUCUCACCCUCCUCCACAGUACUCUUGGUUUGUCAAUGGAGAGUUCCAGACAUCCUCCCAAGAGCUCAUUAUCCCCAAAAUCACCACUAAAGAUAGCGGACCUUACACCUGCUUCGUCUAUAACCCUGCCACUGGCCUCAAUAGGACCACAGUCAAGAACAUUGAAGUCCUUGAGCCAGUGACUGCACCCUCCAUCCAAGUCAGCAACACCAAAGUCAAAGAAAAGGAGUAUGUGUUCCUGACCUGCUUCUCUAAUAACACUGGAACCUCCAUCCGUUGGCUCUUCAAUGGCCAGAGUCUGGGGCUCACAGACAGUAUGAAGCUGCCCUGGAACAACAGCACCCUCCGCAUAUUUCCUGUCAGGAAGGAGGAUUCUGGGAAGUACCAGUGUGAGGUCUCCAAUCCAGUCAGUAUCAAGAGAAGUGACCCCAUCCAGUUGGACAUAAUUAAAUCAAAACAAAGAAGUUCUGGCCUUUCAAGAGGUGCCACCGCUGGCAUCGUGAUUGUAGCCAUGACUUUGGUGAAUCUGAUCGUAGCCCUCAUGUAUUUCCUUUAUUUCAGGAAUAAUCUGCAGGAGAAUAAAGACAACCUGGAAAAGAAUAACAAGACAAACGGACAACUUGAACAACUGAAGCAACCGAGCAAAAAGGAUAAAAAUUCCAGAAAAAAAAUCCCAACAUAAAGAGUAAAUUGGCCGGGCUGGUCCGAAGGUAGUGAGUUAUCUCAAUUGAUUGUUCACAGUCAGUUACAGAUUGAACUCCUGUUCUACACUUUCCCCCCUUCUCACUACUGCACUUGACUAGUCUUUAAAAAAAAGAGACAGAGAGAGUAAAUUGGCCGACAGGUAUAUCAUAUGUACAACAGGAAAAAUUUCACAAAUCUUCCCAAAUGUUUGUUUCUGCUAUUCUCUACAAACAUUUAAUGUAAAUGGUCUUUUUGUAGUACCAGUCUAAUUAAAUAUUAAAGCUGA